CUACGUAUAUUACACAUGAUGCUUAUUUUGUUCAACUCUUGCCAUUAUCAGAUAAUUUUUAAGAUGGUGGAGGAAAAUCCUAGAGAUGUUGGCCAUGAUAUGGAUGGUUUAAGCAUUGUAUAUGGGGAUGAAUCUUUGGCCCGCCUGUAUGAAAAUUCUCGGAUUUCAUCUGAUCAGCUACCUGCACAACAAGGAAUUGUCAAGAGGGCUGUGGCUCUUGGGCGUAAUCUUCAAAAUCCAUUGGCAAUGGUUGCCACACUUUGUGGACCAGGAAGAGAAAUCUUAUCUUGGAAACUCAAUCCUUUUGAGAACUUUCUCACUCCAGAUGAGAAGUAUGUGAUGGUUGAACAGGUCAUGGUAGAUGUCACGAACCAGGUAGGCCUUGAUAUCAAUUUGGCUAUAAGCCAUGAAUGGUUAUUUGCACCUUUGCAAUUCAUUUCUGGGCUUGGACCUAGAAAGGCGGCAUCUUUGCAGAGAUCAUUGGUAAGAUCUGGUGCAAUAUUUACUCGAAAGGAUUUGGUGAACCCACACGGGCUUGGUAGAAAGGUAUUUGUUAAUGCAUCCGGUUUCUUACGUGUUCGGCGGAGUGGAUUGGCUGCUAGCAGCAGCCAAUAUAUUGAUCUGUUGGAUGAUACGAGAAUUCAUCCAGAAUACUAUAUAAUUGCGCAAGACUUGGCCAAAGAUGUUUAUGAUGUGGAUGGUAACAACGAUGAUGAGGAUUUGGAGAUGGCUAUAGAACACGUCCGGGAUCGACCUAGUUAUCUAAAAAACCUUGAUGUUGAAGCUUAUGCUAAAAGUAAAAAGCUUGAGAAUAAGAUACAAACAUUUUAUGAUAUAAGGAGAGAAUUAAUACAGGGUUUUCAGGAUUUGCGUAAACAAUAUGAAGAACCAAGCCAGGAUGAAGAAUUCUAUAUGAUUUCAGGUGAAACCGAGGAUACCCUUGCUGAAGGUAGAAUUGUACAGGCUACAGUUCGCAGGGUGCAAGGUCAGAGGGCAAUCUGUGCUCUUGAAUCUGGAUUAACUGGCAUGCUUAUGAAAGAAGAUUAUUCAGAUGAUUCAAGAGAUAUGGAAUUGUCUGACAGACUGAAUGAGGGCGACAUUCUCACUUGCAAGAUCAAAUCCAUUCAAAAGAAUAGGUAUCAAGUUUUCCUAAGUUGUAGAGAGAGUGAGAUGAGAAAUAACCGUUAUCAGAACACUCAGAAUCUUGAUACCUAUUACCAUGAAGACCGAAGAAGCCUACAGAGUGAGCAAGAUAAAGCUCAUAAGGAGAAAGAGCUUGCAAAGAAGCAUUUCAAGCCAAGGAUGAUUGUUCAUCCUCGCUUCCAAAAUAUAACUGCAGAUGAAGCAAUGAAGUUCUUGUCUGAUAAGGAUCCUGGGGAAAGUAUCAUUCGUCCCAGUUCCCGCGGGCCUUCGUAUUUAACCUUGACUCUCAAGGUUUAUGAUGGAGUAUAUGCUCACAAAGACAUUGUUGAAGGUGGAAAGGAUCAUAAGGAUAUCACGAGCUUACUCCGCAUUGGGAAGACUUUGAAAAUUGGGGAGGACACUUUUGAGGAUUUGGAUGAGGUAAUGGAUCGUUAUGUUGAUCCCUUGGUAGCUCACUUGAAGGCAAUCCUAAAUUAUCGCAAGUUCAGGAAGGGAACAAAACAAGAAGUCGACGAACUUUUGAAGAUUGAGAAAUUGGAGUAUCCUAUGAGGAUAGUUUAUUCUUUUGGGAUAUCGCAUGAACAUCCAGGCACUUUCAUCCUGACCUAUAUACGGAGUACAAAUCCACACCAUGAGUAUGUUGGUCUAUAUCCAAAGGGAUUCAAAUUCAGAAAAAGGAUGUUUGAAGACAUUGAUCGGCUUUUAGCAUAUUUUCAGCGCCAUAUUGAUGACCCUCAGCAUGAGUCAGGACCAUCUAUUAGAUCAGUCGCUGCUAUGGUGCCGAUGCGAAGCCCUGCAGCUGGGGGUUCUUCAGGGGCAUCUGUGGGCAGUGGCUGGGGUGGAUCAACUAAUGAGGGUGGUUGGAGAGGCCAGUCUUUUGAUGGGGAUCGGUCAUCUACACCGAGUUCACGAACAGGUCGAAGUGAUCAUAGAAAUGGUGGUAGUCGGGAUGGGCAUCCAAGCGGCCUACCUAGACCAUAUGGUGGUCGUGGUCGUGGUCGAGGAGCAUAUAACAACAGAGGAAAUAGCACUGGCAAUGAGAGGCAGGAUUCUGGUUAUGAUGCUCCUGCGUGGGGUUCAGAUUCCAAGGAUGGGGAUGAUGGUUUGGGCAAUUUUCCAGGUGCAAAGAUCCAGAACUCACCUGGAAGGGAAGCUUUCCCUGGUGGUUGGGGUGCUGGUGGAAGUGGGAGUGGAGGUGGUGGCAGUAGCUGGGGCGGUGGAGCUGGCUCCAGUGGAAAUGAUGCAUGGGGCGGUGCUGCUGAUAAUGGGACUUCAGGAUGGGGUUCGGACGCCAAGAAAAAAGGUUCCGGUGAUGGAGAUUCGGGAUGGGGUUCCGAACCGAAAAAAAGUACACAAUCUCAAUCUGGAAACAGAUGGUCUGGAACUGACGGCGGUGGCGGUUGGUGAAGGGGACAACUAUAUUUUGUAAUUGCCACUAGUAACAGUUUACAACUACCGGCUGCUGUGCUGAUGGAUGGUUUAAGCAGCUGCUGUAUGUUGCUGAAGCCCCAUGACCUUUCUCCUGACUUGUUUCGGCCUUUGGUAGGGUCAGUUUUAGCGUUAUGCAAACUAUAUUAAGAAGUUUCUGCUGCGGCAAACAAUUGUAACGGAUAUAACUAUGCUCUGCUGCCUUGUACCUUUCUCUAUUAUUAUUAGUAUAUUAUCAUUAUUGUUAUUAUUAUUA